CAAAUGUUCACCCUCCGUCUGUGUUCUCCCCGGCCAAGAACCAUCACACACGUUUACCGUCAAUAUGUCGCGAAGACGCCACCAAGAACAGGAAGCUGACUUAUUCUCUGAAGACGGAUCAUUUGCCAACUUCGACGACGAGGAUAAUGUCUCGACAUCCGCUUCUGAGGAGGAAGACGACGACGUCCUUCCCCUGAAGCAAGAUGCUGGGUUUGCGGAGAAGGACUCAGACGAGGAGAACCUCGAGCGGUUCGUCCUCGGGAGCAAGGAGACAUUUCGCGAGCAGUUAUUCCGGGACGACUUUCUCCCCACCAUCACCGAUUCCCAGGCGUUAGUCAAAGCAGAAGAUGCCGCGACUAAACCCACAGGCCACGAACAUCUCCCCGACUCUAUGCUCUUCACGAUUGAUACCGUUGGAGAGCCACAAACCGAGGCAGAUGAUUUGACACAGGCGCAGAAGGCUACAACGCAAGAGCAGAGCAAGGACCAGCCCGCUUGGGAAGACAGCGACGACGAGCGGCUAACCGUUUCUCUCGCCGGUGCCACUCGGCUACGAAAGCUCAGGAUCUCAGAGGCUGAGGACGUGGUAAACGGCACAGAAUACUCACGGCGGUUACGACAACAGUACCUGCGCCUCUACCCUCUGCCCGAGUGGGCCCUGCAGGGUAGCGGCAGCAAGCGAAGAAGACGGCGGUCAUCCGCGACCUCAUACGACGGCUCCUCCGCCUCUGACAUGGAGGUUGACAGCGACGGCGAGAGCAUCGACUCGCCCGCGCCACUCGACGACUUCCUACGCGACGCCAAUUCCUUCCGCGCCGGCGCCGACGUCAACGGCAGCGGCGCCUCCCGCAAGCGUAGAAAACUCCGCCCCGAAACCAUCGACAUCCAGCGGACACGAGACAUCCCGGACACGCACAAGGCGGCCGUCUCCUCCCUGGCCUUCCACCCGCGCCACCCGAUCCUCCUCUCCUGCAGCACCUCGUCCAUCAUGUACCUCCACCACAUCGACCCGUCCGCGCACCCCACACCCAACCCUUUGCUCACCUCCGUCCAGGUCCAGCGCACGGACCUGCGCAGGGCGGCCUUCGUCGGCGGGAGCGCGGCGGGCGACGAGGUCAUCUUCGCCGGCCGGCGGCGCUACUUCCACAGCUGGAACCUAUCCUCCGGCUCCGUCAAGAAGAUCGCCAAGAUCCAGGCGCACCAAAAGGAGCACCGCACCAUGGAGCGGUUCCGCGCCAGCCCCUGCGGGCGCUACCUGGCGGUCGCGGCGUCGGACAAGAAGGGCGGGGGGAUGCUCAACGUGGUCAGCGCGACGACGAUGCAGUGGAUCGCGCAGGCGCGCGUCGACGGCCGCGGCGGGGUCGCUGAUUUUGCCUGGUGGAGCGACGGCAACGGUAUGACCAUUGCCGGUAGGGACGGCCAGGUCGCAGAGUGGAGCAUGCUCACCCGCCGCACUGUCGGUGUGUGGCGGGAUGAGGGCUCCAUCGGGGGCACCGUCAUGGCGCUUGGUGGUAGGAACGGUCCGGCUGAGAUUGGUGGGGAUAGGUGGAUCGCUGUGGGAUCGGCGAGUGGGAUUUUGAAUGUUUAUGAUAGGGCCGAGUUGAGCAGUGAUGGGGGGACAGGGGCAGGGGCAGGGGCAGGGGCAGGGGCAGGGGCAGAGGGUGUGGAGAUCCGGAAGCUGCCCACGCCGACGCGGGUUUUCGAGCAGUUGACCACGCCCGUCUCGGUGGUGGCUUUCUCGCCGGACGGCCAGCUUUUGGCGUUUGGCAGCCGGCACAAGAAGGACGCGCUCAAGCUGGUGCACCUGCCGAGCUGUACCGUGUACCGCAACUGGCCGACGGAGCAGACCCCCCUGGGGAGGGUCACGGCUGUGGCGUUUAGUGCUGCGAGCGAUGUGCUUGCGGUGGGGAAUGAUGUGGGCAAGGUUAGGUUGUGGGAGAUCAGGAGUUAGUUGAACUUGGGAAGGAGCUGAAGAUCUACGAAUUGAGGUUGUGCUGACUUCUGGUUGAAUCAUGUUGUGCAAUGUCAUCUAUAAGUCUACCGUACAUAAACAAGUGCAAGCCACAUACGCAGCGUGUAAGAGGGCGCAUUUCAAGGUUGGAUCAUAGCGCUUGUGAGAUAGAAGAGGUGUCCCGAAACCACCAACCUGGAAAUAGUUCUGAUCAAGAUCGAAGAUGCGCUCGAGGGCUAGUCCGUCCGAUCCGAUCUUGUCAGCUGUCAGCUGUCCAUCAAUCAGAGACAUGUAGGAGGUUGAGGAUUUGAAAUGCAAGAAGACUCCACGACAGCCAACAGUGAGUGGUGAGGCUUGUGGUUUCCGUGUUGAUGGCCCCUGCCAACGGCAGGCCCGCAGCGGCUUCCCAACUCCUUGGG